AUGUUGCUUACCAUUCAAAAGGUUUGCUGCGGACCGGUGAAGGCUGGUCAAACGCGCAUUUUCUGGGGUCUGGGCAAGUACCCGGCCGUGGCGGUGACCGGUUUGGGCGAUGCGAGCAAGUGGGACGAGCUGGACGAGAUCGAUGGUGCCAAGGAGAAUGUACGCAUCGCGGCCGCCGCCGGUGUUCGGGCACUGGUGGCCAACAAGCUGCCCGAAAUCGUACUAGAGGACCUGGAGCACCCGCAGCAGUCGGCGGAAGGGGCUACGCUGGCCAACUACAAGUUCCAGGUGUUCAAGAGCAAGGACAAGCAAACGAGUCUGCCGACCGUUCGGUUCGCUGACGAUGCACCGGGAAAGAUCGACUGGGAGCGGGGCGUCACGAUUGCCGAAGCGCAAAACUUCGCCCGACUGCUCAUGGAAACACCGGCCAACCACAUGACGCCGACAAUCUUCGCGGACACCGUCAAGCAGCGACUUGGUGCGGCCGGCGUUGAAGUGCUGGUGCACGACGAGGCAUGGGCCAAGCAGAAGGGCAUGGGAUCGUUUUUGUCCGUCACGAACGGUUCCGUCGAACCGGCACGCUUCGUCGAGCUGACGUAUCGCGGAUCGCAGGCCGAGCAGUGUGUGGCACUCGUCGGCAAGGGCAUUACGUUCGAUUCGGGCGGUAUCAGCCUGAAGCCCUCCGCCAGCAUGGAUCAGAUGCGGGCCGAUAUGGGCGGAGCGGCCAACGUCGUGGCAACCAUGCUGGCCCUGGCUCAACUGAAGGCUCCCGUACACGUGAAAGGGUUCGUGCCGCUGUGCGAAAACAUGCCGAGUGGCACGGCCACCAAGCCGGGCGACGUGGUGUAUGCGAUGAACGGAAAGAGUAUCUGCGUGGACAACACGGACGCCGAGGGCCGCUUGGUGCUGGCCGAUGCGCUGUGCUACGCCUCAUCAUUCAAUCCAAAGCUGAUCCUCGAUAUAGCCACGUUGACGGGUGCCAUCAAGGUGGCGCUCGGUGACUGCGUUUCCGGUGUGUUCUCCAACAACAACGCACUGUGGAAUGUGAUCCACGAAGCAGGCUCACAAACGGGUGAUCGGGUGUGGCGUAUGCCGCUCUUCAAGCACUACACCGAUCAGAUGUGCGACCAUAAUGGUUACGACUUGAACAACCUCGGGAAGGGCAAAGGCGGCGGUUCGUGCACGGCCGCUGCCUUCCUGAGGGAGUUCGUACCGAAGGGUACACCGUGGCUGCACGUGGACAUUGCUGGCGUCAUGGGUGAUUGCAGUGAUCAGAGCUACACCGGCGCCAAGGGUAUGACCGGUCGUCCGAUGCGUACGCUCGUGGAAUUCGUUACGAAGGCCAGUGCUAGUGCCUAA